AAUCAUCCCAAACGUGUUUAACAUAUCUUUACAAAUAAAUAGGAAUACCUUCAGAUUUAAUUGCUGAAUCUGUCUCAUAUACAGUUGUAAAGAUGGAGUUGAUAAAAGUGGAGAUUGUGGACAUGAGUGAUCAAGAAGCAUGCAAAAUUAAAUAUGAGGAUGCAGAGGAGAAAAAAGUUUUCUUUUUAGACCUGAUGGAAGUGAAAGAGGAAAGUCAUGAACUGAAUGAAUUGGAGGAAAAACAUCAGUAUCAGGAAGCUCAUAAUGUCACAACUGGAGAAGAAUUAUAUAGUUGCUCACAGACUAAACACAAUCUCUUAGAAAAAAGAACAGAAACCAAAAAUUCUUUCACAUGCCCUCAUUGUGGAAAGAGUUUUCUGCGUAAAGAAGCCCUCAAUAAUCACAAAACAAUUCACUCCGGAGAAAAACUUUUUACGUGCCAGCAUUGUGGAAAGAAUUUUCGGAGUAAAGGAUUCUUCAAUGAACACUUAAGAAUUCACACCGGAGAAAAACCUUUUACAUGUGACCAGUGUGGAAAGAGUUUUGUGCAUAAAGGAAACCUUAAGAGUCACAUAAAAAUUCACACUGGAGAGAAGCCUUUCACAUGCCAUCACUGUAAAAAGAGUUUUCGGCGUAAAGGAGCCCUUCGUGAUCACAUAAAAAUUCACACUGGAGAGAAGCCUUUCACGUGCCAUCAAUGUGGAAAGGGUUUCACACGUAAAGGUACCCUUAAGAGUCACAUUAGUAUUCACACUGGAGAGAAGCCUUUCACCUGCCCUCAGUGUGGAAAGGGUUUCACAGAGAAAGGAAAACUGAAGCUUCACUUAAGAAUUCAUACUGGAGCGACGCCUUUCACGUGCACGGAGUGUGGAAAGAUUUUCACACAAGCGGACAAUCUUAGAUAUCAUCUGCUCUCUCACGCAGGAGUAAAGCCAUUUAAAUGUGAUCAGUGUAGUAAAACAUUUAUUUUGGCAUCAUACCUAAGAAGACAUGUGCAAGUUCAUGCAAAUGAGAGGCCUUACUUGUGUUCCCUUUGUGGAAAGAGUUUUUCACGGCUGGACUGUUUUAAAAUGCACCAUAAAGUACAUACUGGUGUGAAAGCUCAUGUGUGCUCUGAGUGUGGGAAUAGCUUUAGUAGAGCUAGGGACUUGGAACGGCACAGGAGAAUUCAUACUGGAGAAAAACCUUACAAGUGUUCACAAUGUGGAAAGAAUUUCACCCAAUCGGGUAAUUUACAGACUCAUCUAAAAAAGCGUUGUCCAAAGCAAAAUUCAUCUGCAGGUCCUAAGGUUUAAAGAAAAUGGUGUGAAGUUCAGAUAAACCCAAAGAUGACAAUUGUUCCUGAAGAGCAGUUUUAUCUCUGAGGGUAAUUUGCUAAAAUGUACUACCCCUAUUGGUGAAGUUUGUAACAGAAAUGCAUUUACGUUUUAUUGAUUUCAUUCACCCUGAUAGCGUGCAUACAUCAUCCAGAUGCCUAUUUGAUGUGUGUGUUUACAUCUGGAAGAUGUAUUUUUAACAUUGUUUGCUCAUCUGCAAUACGCUUAUAAGAAGUAUGUCAAUAUGUAUGUCUCGGAUGGCAAUAAGACAUUCAGCAGAUGUCUUUUAAACUUUUAUGAAUUUAGAAUGGUUGUAAAUCUGAUCAUUUUGAAGAUGUUUAACAGAUGUUGAUUAGAUUAUGAUGCUUUCCAGAUGGAAAGAUCUACACUGAGCCCAACAAUUAUGAACACCUGCCGAAUAUGCUGUUGGUCCUCCGUGUGCUGCCACGGUGUCCUGUGAUAUCUGGCACCAAGACAUUAGCAGCAGAUCCUUCGAGUCCUAAAAGUUGUAAGGUGGAGCCGCCAUGGAUCAGACUUGGUGGUCAAGCACAUCCCACAGAUGCUCAAUCGAAUUGAGAUCUGGGAAAUUUGGAGGUGAUGGUAACACCUUGAACUCCUCAUUAUGUUCCUCAAACCAUUCCCAAACAAUGUGUGCAGUGUGGAAGGAUGCAUUAUCCUACUGAAAGAGGCCACUGCCAUCAGGGAAUACCAUUGCCAAGAAGGGGUGUACCUGGUGUGCAACAAUGUUUAGUUAGGUUGCACGUGUCAUUUUGACAUCCACAUGAAUGGCUGAACCCAGGGUUUCCUAGCAGAACAUUACCCAAAGCAUCACACUCCCUCUACUGGCUUGUUGUCUUCCCAGAGUGCCUUCUGGUGCCAUAACUCCCUCAGUUAAACGGCACACAUGUACACAGCCAUUAUGUUAAAGAAAACGGGACUCAUCGGACCAGGCAACCUUCUUCCACUGCUCCGAGGUCCAGUUCCAACACUCACGUGCCCAUUGUAGGCACUUUCAACGGUGGACAAGGGUCAUUGUAGACAUUUUGACUGAUCUGUUGCUAUGCUGUCCCAUAUGCAGCAGCGUGCGAUGCACUUUGUGUAAUGACACAUUCCUCCUGUAACCAUCAUUAACAUUUUCUGUGACUUGUGCCAAAGUUAACCUUCUGUCGGAUCAGACCUGACAGGAUAGUCUUUGUUGCCCUUGUGCAUCGAUGAGCCUUGGGCACCCAACACCCUGUCGGCGGUUUGUGGGUUGACCCUCCUCGGACCACUGUUGGUAGGUACUGACCGCUGCUGACCAGGAGCAAGCCUUGGCAUUUCAGAGAUGCUCUGACCCAGUCGUCUGGCCAUAACAAUUUGGCCCUAGUUAUUCCUGCCUUCAACACAUUAACUAUGAGAACUGAUUGUUUGCUUACCAUCUAAUUUACCCAGACCUUAACAUGUGGCCUUGUUAGGAGAUGAUCAACAUUAUUUGCUUCACCUGUGAGUGGUCUAAUAUUAUGGCUCUACAGUGUGAAUAGAGAACAAAUUACUUCUUCAUUAGUUUUGAUCUGUGUCAGUUAUUGCCAAAUUUGACUUUCGCUGACAUUUAAAUAAUUUUAUCGAUGAUUUAUUUUCAUACGCCGUGGAGUGUUAUGUGUGACCCUGGAGUACACACGCCUACCGGUACAUCAUCAAAAAAGUCUCUCAUUCUAAAGAAAUAUUUAUUGUGUUAUUUUCUGGUCACAAUAUUACAAAACAUUGGUGAUGAUCCUGCUUGUAUGAAUUUAAGUCCUGCUUUCAGUGCAGCUGAAAUGUAACUCCUGAAGAAUACACAGAAAGAAACCGAGUCAAGCACACCUGCAAGUUUAACGACUAUUGUGUUUUACCAUGCAGUCGUUUUGGGAUGGACUUCAAAGACAUUUAAUCAUCAACCUUGCAGUUCAAUCACUACCCUUUUGUUUUAGAACCAGAAUUAACUUUAUUGUCAAGUAUGCCUACACAUACAAGACACAUAUUCCCAGGGCUUUUCCUCACUCUGGAAGUGUAAAGUUCUUGGAAGGGAGGGCAGGGGGCAACCUAUAAUCCUCUCUGCAGUCUGAACUGUCCAUUGUAUUCUUCUCAUGUCUGAUUACGUAGCUGAACCAAACCAGACAGUUAUUGAAGUGCAGAGGACAGACUCAAUGACUGCUGAGUAGAACUGUAGUUAAAAAAAAUUGCUUUCCAAAAAUGUACAUCACUUCAUCUCAAUUGACUGUUAUUAUACAUAGCUAACUAAUAUUGGCAUUAUGUUCAUGCUGAUUAGCCAGAGGGAAACUGGCUCCCACAGCUUAACCUGGUUUCUCCAAGGUUUUAUUUUUCUCCACUAACUUGUAUCUCAUGACGUUUCUGUUCCUUGUCAAAGUCGUCUUUGGCUUGCUCAUUGGGGGCUUUUAAAGACAAAAACAUUUAGGGUUUUUCAAUUAAACUGUUCACUGGGGUCUUGAAGACAUUUCACAAUAAAUAAAAUAAUAAUAAUUUAAGACUUU